GGACCUUUCAGCUCGAGGAAGUGGUAUCGUGUAACCAACACCUUUGCCGGUUACGCACUCGACGUCCUCAACGACGGCGCCGGCAAUGCGGAAGGGUUAAUUCAGAUGUCCCGCGUAGGCAACUUCUCGGGCCAGCACUGGCAGAUUGUCCCCAACGGCGCGGGGACGUACGCCCUGCGGACUCUGUUCCUAGGUGUGGGGAGGCAGCUGGAUGUCUAUGGUAAUGAUAAGCUGAAACCCCAUCUGGCCAGUGCCGGACCGUACUCGGGACAGAUCUGGAAGAUUGCCCCGUGGGGUGAUGGGACUUGGCAUUUGGAGAAUAUGUAUAGUGGGAGUGCGCUGUAUUUGGAUACC